AACACUGAUUCAUAUGCUGAAAAUUUUUCCCUUGAUCUACUCCCAACUUUUUCUCAUUUGAAGAUAUUCUGCAUAUUUAUUUGAAAUAUCUGAGGCUGUACCCUGUCCAAACAAGGACAGAGAACCAAUCAGACCUUGUUUUUAUUUUUGAAUAGAUCAUUUUGGACCUAUGAGAUCACAACAGUACAUUUUAUGUCUCUAUGUAAAUCCUUGACUGUAGUGUCUUCAGAUCAUAUGACACGUGAAAAGGGACAACUUGAUUUGAAAGCUGAGCACUGGGGUUGAAAGGGAUCUUUACAUUUUCUCAAAGAACAGGCCAUUCCUCCUCUGUAAUAAAAGUAACUAAUCUAUUUAGAAGUAAAUCAGUUGGGACAAAGAAAGGACUGUGAACACCUCAAGAUGGGUGGUGGAGCCAGUUCUGAGAGCAAGGAGUCAGCCAGGAGAUCCAGAGAACUGGAAAAGAAACUCCAGGAAGAUGCAGAGAGGGAAGCGAGGACAGUCAAACUACUGCUGUUGGGUGCUGGAGAGUCAGGAAAGAGCACUAUUGUAAAGCAAAUGAAGAUCAUCCAUAAAGAUGGCUUCACAUACCAAGAACGCAUGGAGUUCCGACCUAUCAUUUACAGUAACACAGUGCAGUCUAUCCUCUCUAUCGUGAAAGCAAUGACUAAGUUAGGGAUCAGUUACGAAAACCCAGCUAGAAUUGAAGAUGAAAAGAAGCUCUGUGACAUGGAAACAAAUCUGGAUGAUGGCAACAUGUCUUCUGAGCUGGUUGAACUCAUCAAACAACUAUGGAAAGAUGGUGGGGUCCAGGCGUGUUUUGCAAGGGCAUCGGAGUAUGAGCUCAAUGAUUCGGCAGCCUAUUACCUUAAUGAUUUGGAUAGGCUAGCAAUGCCUGACUACGUGCCUAGUGAGCAAGAUGUUUUGCACUCCCGAGUGAAAACAACUGGGAUUAUUGAGACUCAGUUUUCCUUCAAGGACUUGAACUUCAGGAUGUUUGAUGUGGGUGGACAGCGAUCAGAGCGCAAGAAGUGGAUCCACUGCUUUGAGGGGGUGACGUGCAUCAUCUUCUGCGCGGCACUCAGUGCCUAUGACAUGGUUCUGGUGGAAGAUAAAGAAGUGAACAGAAUGCAUGAAAGCCUUCAGCUGUUCAACAGCAUCUGCAACCACAGGUGCUUUGCAACCACUUCUAUCGUGCUGUUUCUGAACAAGAAAGACCUCUUUCAAGAGAAAAUAGCAAAAGUUCAUCUGAACAUCUGCUUUCCUGAAUACAAUGGACUAAAUACAUUUGAAGAUGCUGGGAAUUAUAUCAAGAAACAAUUCCUAGACUUGAACAUAAGGAAAGAAGAUAAGGAGAUAUAUUGUCACAUGACCUGCGCCACAGACACCCAGAACGUCAAGUUCGUCUUUGACGCCGUCACAGAUAUCAUCAUCAAGGAGAACCUCAAGGACUGUGGGCUUUUCUAGCCAUUCAUUCCCUGACUUGUAGCCCAGUUCCAUGCCUGUACGCUUUCUUCUCUUCAUCUUGCUUGCUGACUGAAAUAAAACUCGGUAGGAAUGAAACAAUAUCAAUUAGGCUUUUGUUAGCUGUGAAUUGAAGCUCUGGGUACAGCCUGAUCAUUGCAAAGUUACACUGAUUUUCUGUGCAUCAUAAGAAGAUUGAAAAACAUCCUUCUGCUCCACAGAGAUGCCAUACAUGAAUCAAAGGGACAUUCCUAUCUCAAUCAAUAUGUUUUGUAGAUAGUCAGUAGCUCUCAGGAAAUUCAUACUUCAGUGUCCUGUGUUUUCCAUUGAGAGGGCUUAAAAGGAUACUGCCAAACAGCUACUAGAUAACUGACAUGUUUAAAGCUUUAAAAAAGAUUAUAAUAACAUUAAAAUACUAUCAGCAGGUAAUUUCCAUUCACUACUCAUGUUUUCAUGUUACAUUAACAACAACAAAAAAAAAUGGCAUAAAUGACAUUCCAUUAACUUAACAGAACCAAACUCCCAUAUUUCACUGGCAUACAACAAAGAGCAGUGAAAAUCUGAUUGUUUAGUAACAGUGUUUUGAUUGAAUUGCUGAGGGACACACACCUAAAAACUUCACGUAUAUGAAAUCCAUAAGCACUGCCAUCCAGUUGUUGGGGGACAGGAAAGUAAGAUGGAGGCAGAUAGCAGGUAAGUUUCUGCAUAUGCCAUAAAGACAAGCUGAAGAGCUUUUUAACAAUUAAAUACUUGACUAAAAAAACCAAAACAGUUAAUAUUAGUUCUUCAGCUGAGCACCUUUCCAGGGACAUCUGUAGUCAUUCCCACCAGGGCAGAGCUAAAGGACAGUUUUUCCUUGCCUGACUUUGAAAAUCAUGAACACGAAGCCUUAUCCAGAGCUGUGCAGAGAGCUGUCCUAAACCAGCACACAAGAUACGAUUUGUCCUGCCUGGAUUUCUAUUACUAUCUGGUCUGUAAUGCUUCACUUGAUUAAUUCCUUGUUUGUCCUGAAAAUAAUGGAUUUCCAGUGGUAAGGUUUCUGC